AUGAAGCAGUAUAUUAAUUAACUUGCAGAUAAGCUAUAAAUUUCAACCUCUGAUUCUGUUCUCAUAAUUUGGAAGGUGUUUAUAAACUUUUGCUCUUUUGUUAUAUACAUAGAAAUUUCAUUAGAAUUAUUCAAUGUAGAAGAAUUUCAAAAGGAUAAUAGAGGAGAUAUAUUUUUUAUUUGGAGAAUAUUCAUUCUAGUACAUAUUAAAUAUAUUUAAGUCCUUAUUAAUUAUAGAUAUGAUAAUUUCAUUAUUCAUAGAAUAUAUCAGCAAUAAUGGCAUCAUCAUAUAAAAACCAUAUAAGAAAGUUAAAUACUAUUUUAGACACUAUUUUGUAUUUGAUUUAAUCGUGAUAGUAUAUCUAUUUGUCUCUACAUUUCAGCCAUUACCAUUUUGGGUGGGUUUUCUAGUGUUUUUUAGAAUCCCAUCCAAUCUUUAUUCUGAUAAGAUAACUGAGGAAUAUCUCAUUCAAUUUCAGUUUUUAUUGUUAUGCUAUCGAAUUCUAAAAUUGUUAGUUACUUUGCUAUACAUAUUUGAUAUAUUUGCUUGUUCUUUUUAUGCAAUGGGUUUAUAUUCCAUUUCAAUAUCAGAACCAACUUGGUUAGAGUACUCAAACAGUGUAAUUGGAAAUAUUGAUGAAAUGCAUCAUGUUACUUAAUAUAUAAUUAGUUAUUUUUGGGCAGUUGAAACCCUUGUAUCAAUGGGUUAUGGUGAAAUAACUCCAAUGAAUUAAUAUGAGAUAAUCAUAGGAGAUUUGGCAUUGGUUGGAUGUAUGUUUGUUUGUUUGUAUGUAAUAUCAACAAUUCUAUCAUUUUAAUCAGAUAAUUCAUCAUAUUUAGAUGAAAAUAUGUUAUCAAUCAAAUAAUUUAUGAUAGCAAAGAGAAUAUCUAAAAAACUAUAUAAUGAAGUUUCUAUAUUUUUAUCUUAAUUCAGAAUAGAAUAAUCAAAAAGAGAUAUUGUAAUAGAAUAAGUAGUGAUUUAGAGAUUGCCAAAUUAAUUGAAAUCUAAAUUAUAUUAUGAAGCAAGUCUCAAAAUUAUGAAAAGAAUAUUGUGGAUAUAUAAUAAUUUUUCUAAUGAAUUUAUUGAAGAAUUAUCUAGUUUUGUAAGAGAAAUCUAUUUAAAUGCCAAUACAAAAAUCUCUGUUAUAGAUGAUGAUGAUGACCCUAAAAUAUUUGUGAUUGAAAAAGGUAAGGUGACAGUUAUCUUAAAUGAAAAGGAAAUCAAUUUACUUUACAGAGGAAGUACAUUUGGCAACUAUUCAUUUUUCACAUAAGAAAAAGAAUAAUUUAUUACUUAUAAAACUAAAUCUAUAGUAAUUCUGUAAUAUAUCAAAUUAACAGACUUUUUAAAGACAAUAUCAAAUCAUAAAGAAGAUCAUGAGAAAUUCUACUAUAUAUUGGAUCAAGUUCUUUUUGAAAAGAAAUAUUCUUUAAUUUAAUAUGGAUGUUAUAUUUGUACAUCAACUAAUCAUUUAAGUGAAAAUUGUUAAAUUAUUAGUAUUAAAGAUUAAGUUUAUGAAGAAUUUUAUAAGAAUCCACUAAGAAAUAGUAUACAAAUGAGAAAAGGAUUUAUACGUUAAAAUAAGAAACAUAGUAAAUGGAUUUUAAAUAGGAAUGCAAUUUAGAUUACUCCUGAAUAUCCAAUUUCAUUUGAUAUUGAUAAAAGAUAUUAUAGUAAGUUAUUAUUUUAAUGGCAUCCUUUCUCAAAACAUUAAUAAGAAAGAAUGAAUGUUAUAUUAAAAGACUUAUUGAAUGAUAGUUUAAAACAGGAUGAUCUAAUAAUAAUGUCUGAAAAUAAGUCUAAAAAUAAAAAAAAAUCAAGUGUAUUUUCAUCUUCAAAUCAAUAUUUAUUUUAUUGGUAAUUAUUUAUGAUGUUUGUAAAUGCAGUAUUCUUUAUUGCAAUACCUUAAAUCAUAUUUUUUUGGAACUAUUAUUAAUAAUUUAGUGAUUAAGGAGGCUUUAAAUUUAUUAGAAUAAUAUUUAUUGUAUAUAAUAUUAUAUAUAUUAGAUUUUAUUUGUAAGUGAUUUUAUUGUUUAAUUGAAUACUAAUUUUUAUCAUGAAGGUAUUUUAGUUAAAAAUAGAUUCAAAAUAGCAGAAAAUUAUUUAAGAAAUGAUUUAAUUUUUGAUUUAAUACCAAUACUUGUUUUGUUUUAUAUAAGUUUAUCAGAUAAAUAUGUAAUUAUUUAUUUACUUUGUUUGAUUAAAUUAAUACCAUUUUAUAGAUUUUAAGUAUAUUUAUCUGAUAAAUUGAAAAUAAUGCCAUAAUUGAGAUAAUUUUAUAUGAUUUGUGGAAUGCUUAUAGAAAUACUUUACAUCAAUCAUUUCUAUGGAUGUAUGUUUUAUGGUGGUAGUGUUUAUAUGUAUACAUUUCAUCCAAAUUCUAAAACAUGGGUGAAUGAUCCAACAAUGAAUUUUGGAGUUAUAAUUACAAAAAGUACAUCUUCAAAGUAAUUUUUAUAAUAUUAUUAUGAGAUACUUAUAUUCUACUUAUUGGGCAAUUGAUGCAAUUACAAGAAUAGGUUAUGGUGACAUACUUCCAUUGAAUGAUUUAGAAUUCAUGAUUACUGAUUUAACUGUGAUUACUGCAGUAGCUAUAGUGGCUGUAAAUAUAUCAUUAAUUGAAAACAUGAGAAAGAACUCUAAAUUAUAGAAUUAUUUUGUGGAUAAUUUAUGGAUUCAAUAAUAUCUUAAGAAGAAAAAUUGUUCCAAUUAAUUAAAAACUUAAAUUUCUAAAUACUUACGUUAUUAUCAUAGAAUUGGAUAAGAUAGAAAUAUAGAUAUAGAAUAAGAAUCUUUAUAGUUACUUCCUAGUAGUUUAAAGUAAUAAUUAAUGUAUGAAGCUUAUGGGAUUAUAUUUUAUAAAUAACAUUGGUUAAGAGAUGAUGAUGUUUUAUUUGAAUUAUCCAAUAAAGUAAAAGAAAUCUAUCUUGGAGAUAUGGAAAAUAUCUUCUUAGAUAAUAUUCCUGAUUAAGGACAAGCAUUAUAUUAUGUAGAAAGAGGUUAUGUUGAACUAUUCAUUAAUACUUAAUACUCAUCAAGAAAAGAUGUUAUUAUUGCAUAAUUGAAAAAGGACACAUUUUUUGGACAUUACUCUUUUAUUACAGGAUUACCAAGGAAAUGUAUAUAUUAUAUUUCAUUAUUUAUUAGCUUCUGCUAGAACAAUGUAAUUUGCAUCAUUAAUUUAUAUUCUAAGAAAAGAUUUUCAUGAUGUUUUAGAAAUGAAUAAGAAAUUUCAUCAUUAAUUCUAAGCUCUAAGAGACAGUAUAAUUUAUGAAAAUUAAUUUCAGUUAAUUGGAUUAUAAUGUUUUACUUGUAAUGGAAAUGAUCAUUUAAGUAUUGAUUGUCCCUUAAUUUCUAUUAAAAAGUAAGUGUUACUCAGAUUUUAUCAUACAAUUAGAGAAAAAAGUUAAUCAGGAUUAAAUUUAAGAAAAUUAUAUAAAUAAAAUUUAAAAUAAGAUAGAAGAUUUAAGAAAAGAAAGAAAGUGAAAAAAUCAAAAACAUUAAGAAUACAUGAUUUUGAGUUCUUUCUUGAUUAUACAAUUCCAAGAACAACAAUCAAUUAUGUAAUUGAUAAAGAUUUACAUUUGAUUUGA